UCACACAUGGUAAAGGGUUACUGGAAACCACUCCCGCGUUUCCCGCAGGAAUUGAUAGGAAUAUUAACUGACAGAUUUAAAGCAAAUGUCGCAAAAAAUCAUCAUAUUCCUAAAAAUUACCAAAUGAAAAAUGGUAAAUGUGGUAAUAUUCAAUAUCCAGACUCUGGGUUUAGGGCAUUAUGUGAUCCUAAAGGACCCACGCCAUGUUGUUAUGAGGGUCAUUGUGUGUCUAAAUCUAUUGAAGAUUGUAAAUGUGAGGAAUGUUAUGAUCUAAGGCAACGUCUUUCAGCCGAAUCUUCUACCUGGGUGCCAUCACAUCACGGUUGUCAACUUGAUGACUUUGAUUCUACCACAGCAUGCCGUUUACUCCAUAAUUCUACCAUAUUCUGGACUGGAAACUCUUUCAUCAGGCAGAUGUUUGCGGCUUUAACUAUGAUAUUAAAGGGAGAUUUGAGGCAUUUGGUUGUUAGAAAUAACACAGUUGUACCGGGUUGUGUAGGUGUGGAUAACAUGUUUACUUGGUGUCAAAAAUUAACGGAGACGAAUCCUAUUGUUUGUAAUGGAACUGUCAAGAUAAAGUUCAUUUCUAGCCCUUAUAGUUCAAGGACACAGCAUGUUUAUGGGGCUAUAGAUGAUAUGCGUGAUAAACCAAGAACCAUGAUAUUCCUUGGAAUAGGCAUCCACGAUAACUACAAUUAUACAAGGAUUCUAAAUGAUUAUAUCCACCCAAUAGUGAAGCAUUAUAAUGCUAAAAAGUCUGUAUGGCCAAAAUUAAUGUGGGCAGCAACUCAUGCACCUGGUCUUCUGAAGAGUCCACAUUAUCCGUUACAACUAUAUAAACACUGUGCACGUUUUAAUAAAUUUCUAAAUCCUCGUUUAGAGAAAUUAGGAGUACCUGUUUUUGAUACGUUUAAUAUGACUGGCGGUGUAGCUAGUCCCGAUGGCGGCCAUUACGGUGUGGCUGUGAACAUGGUAAAGGCGAGAAUUUUUAUUCAUUACAUAGCCGAAUUACAACGAAAAGGACAAUGGUGACAAUAUUACAAUUUACAGAAUAAUAAGAACUAAAACCAUUUGAGUGGUUAAUUUAUAUAGCAACGUCGAAUAGAAAUAAAAUAAAACCAAGUACGAACAAUCCAAACCAUUAAAUGUCCAAUGCCUCGCACAGAUCAAAGAUGUCCCUAUGGGUACCAAGGUUGCCCCAACUACUUUGGCUUUUGACUACUUUGAAGAACUGUGGUUUGCCAGAAUAUGAGAACAAUUUGGUAACUAAUUACAACCAUACAUAGAAACAUACAGGAAGAGAUUCUUAGAUGACAAUAAAACAAAUUUAGCCUACCGACGAGCAAGAACAAGUAAUAAACUGACAAUUUUUCAACAUUCAAUAUUAACAUUAUGCGAUCCCGUAAGAUUGCAUCUUGCCAGCGAGACCCAGUACGUACUAUCCAGUCACAAGUGAGAGGCCGUAUUUCGCAUUAUUUAUGUCUUUUAGAAAAUUGAUUGAUUUUAUUUGAUUUUCCUGUAUUUAGAAAAAGUUAAAGUACGCUGAAUAUCUUACGCCAAAAGCUAGAACUGUCCCAUAACUUCUAAUUGUAACAUUUGUAGUAUAUUCCCUCCGUAGAUUGAUUACAAUGCAGAUCUUUGUGCAAUACAAGUAAAUAUAUUAACCUCUCAACAAUAACAAUAUUUUCUCGAUAUAAACGAUAUGAAAUAGGGUUUAACGUCCUAAUGUUCUGCACUGACUGGGCUUAUGAAGAAAUGAAAUAAAAUGAAAUGGGGUUUAACGCCCUACUGUUCUUAUCGGACUGGGUUAAUGAAGAGUGGCGCUAAUGAAGACGGGCAUACGCCAUACGCCAUACCUCUAAAACCAAAUACCAAUAUAAUAUUAGUGUAUGGGUCAUUAUC